CAUUACAACAGCAUGGUCCAUGGUGGUUUUGGGUAUUGGUUUGCGUUUUGAGUCGAGAUUGAUCCACAAAUGAUCAGCCGGCAACGAUUUUGAAAUUGAAAUUGUCUUUACCUUUCGGCUGGGAUCAUCGCCGAUUCAUUUUGCAUUUUAAGAAGCAACUCUUUCCGAAUCGACCACUGGAACACCAGACUCGAUAAUGGAUUUCCUGGAGUACGCAGAGAUCCAAACAGAGAUCAAGGGGGCCAUCACCCCUGGGAAGCUGAAACUUACUGACCAGCACAUUAUCUUCAAGAACAGCAAAACUGGCAAAGUCGAGCAGAUCAAUGGCUCCGACGUGGACGCUGCCAACUGGCAAAAACACGUCGGUUGCUGGGGCAUUCGGCUUUUCAUGAAGAAUGGCAAUUUGCACAGGUUCAUUGGUUUCAAGGAGCAGGACCAAGAUAAACUGGCCAAAUUCUUUAAAAAGAACUACGAGAAAGAUAUGCUUGAAAAAGAGCUGAGUCUCAAAGGAUGGAAUUGGGGGACUGCUAAGUUCCUCGGCUCGCAGCUUAGCUUUGAUGUCGGCUCACUGACAGCUUUUGAAAUUCCUCUUAACAAUGUGUCCCAAUGCACAACUGGCAAAAACGAAGUCACCCUGGAAUACCAUCAAAAUGACGAUGCGGCUGUUGGAUUGCUAGAGAUGCGUUUCCACAUUCCAUCCAGUGAACUGGCUGGUGAUGACCCUGUCGAGCAGUUCCAGCAAAAUGUUAUGAACAAAGCCAGCGUCAUCAGUGCUGUUGGUGAUGCUGUUGCUAUUUUCAGGGAGAUCCAAUGUCUCACACCUCGUGGUCGCUACGACAUCAAGGUGUUUCCUUCGUUCUUCCAACUUCACGGCAAGACCUUUGAUUACAAAAUUCCUAUGUCCACUGUCCUUCGGCUCUUCAUUCUGCCGCACAAGGAUGGCCGCCAAAUGUUCUUUGUUGCUUCGCUGGACCCUCCGAUCAAGCAGGGCCAGACUCGUUAUCACUUUCUUGUGUUUUCAUUUGGACCUGAUGAGGAAACUUCUAUUGAGCUGCCAAUGUCAGAGAAAGAGCUUGAGGAAAAGUAUGAAGGUAAAUUGUCAAAAGAACUGACUGGCUCAACAUGUGAGGUGCUCAGCAGAGUCAUGAAGUGCAUGACUGGAAGGAAAAUCACAAUGCCAAACACAUUUGUGGGACAUUCGGGCACUCCAGCUGUGGGUUGUUCCUACAAAGCUGCUGCUGGCUACUUGUACCCUCUGGAGCGUGGCUUCAUUUACGUUCACAAGCCACCAGUUCACAUUCGCUUUGAGGAAAUUAUGAAUGUCAACUUUGCUCGAAGCGGUGGAAGCACACGUUCCUUUGACUUUGAAAUUGAGCUGAAAUCUGGAAUCGUUCACACUUUUAGCAGCAUCGAGAAAGAUGAGUACACAAAGCUCUUUGAUUUCAUCCAGAACAAGAAGCUGCACAUCAAGAAUAAGGGCAAGACAGACAAGCCAAGCUAUGCCGAUGACUUUGGUGACUCUGACCAAGAGGACGCUCCAGAUGCGUACCUGGCCAGAGUUAAAAGGGAAGCCAAGGAGCGAGACCAAGGUGAUGAUGAUGAAGGCAGCGAGGACGAGUCUGAAGACGAAGACUUCAAACCUCCUGAAGAGACAAGCGAUGUGGCUGAGGAGUUUGACAGUAAUGUUUCCUCCAGUGAAUCGGACGACAGCGACGCUUCCGAAGGAACCAAAGAGAAGAAGCGAAAGGAAAAAGAGAGAAAGAAAGAAAAGAAGGCUACAAAGGCAAAGUCUGUGUCUGAGAAACCACGGAAAAAGAAGAAGGAAAAGAAGGAGGAUGAUGGAAAACCCAAGAGGCCUUUGUCUGCCUACAUGAUUUGGAUUAAUGACAAUCGUGAGAGCAUCAAGAAGAAGUACCCUGGAAUCUCAAUGACUGAUGUUGCCAAGAAGGGCGGAGAACUCUGGAGGGAACUGAAAGACAAAUCGGAAUGGGAAGAAAAGGCAGCCAAACUAAAGGCUGAGUACGAAGUGGCCAUGAAGGAGUACAAUGCUAGUGGAGGAAGUGGCGGAGGUGGAAGCUCAAAAAAGAGCAGUGGAGGUGGCAGCUCAAGUAAGACGUCAAGCAAGGUGGUUGUUUCUCCAACAAAGUCUGGCUCUGGCACAAACUACAAGAGCAAAGAGUACCUUUCAGACGAUGACGACAGCUCUGAUGAAGAUUCGUCCAAGAAGAAACAGUCAAAGAGUGCACCGAAACCUGCUUCGAAAAAGAGCAAAAAGGAUGCUUCUAGCGAGGAAGAAAAGUCUGAGGAAGAUGAGGAGGAUGACAAGAAGAAGAGAAAGAAAUCUCCCAAGAAGGAUUCACCUAAGAAGAAAAGCAAAAAGAAGGAUAGUGAUGAGGAUGAGGAGGUAGAAGACGAGGAGGAGAUUUUGAGCUCUCCUACUGCCUCUAGCGAAUCUGGAGAUGAUUCUGAUUAAUAUACAAAAUCAGCUACUUCGCUUAUAUUUUGAAUUAAAAUUGUUCAUUAUUACUUUUAAAUAAAUUAUCAAUCCAAAACAUAACUUCAAUUCCAUUCAAAAACGUAUCAAUGUUUUAAGAAUAACAUAUAAUCACUAUCACUGCAUGCACCCAUGGACAAAAUCCAUGCGCAGUUCAUCGGCAGGAUCAACGUCCCUGAAACGGUUGAACUUGGAGACCUCAGAGUCCAUGAGAAGGUCGUCAUAUUCCACUGCCAAGCUCUGAGGACCUGUGUGGUUUAAAUUCAAUAGAAAAAUUCUUGGCAAAGAUAUUUUUAUUUAGAAAUGUAUAAUUAUAUGCAAUCUUACUCUCCAAACCCAUUAUGACCUUUAUUGUAUUUGUUAUCCCAUGCAGACAUCAGU